AUGGACUAUUCGCUUGAUAAGUUAGCUGAGUUGUAUAUUUCCGAGGUUGUGAGAUUGCACGGAGUACCUACUUCUAUUAUUUUGGAUAGAGAUUCGAGGCUCACAUCAUGGUUUUGGAAGAAACUGCAAGAUGCACUAGGUACGUGGGAAAAGUAUUUGUCGUUGAUUGUAUUUGCGUAUAAUAAUAGCUUUCAGUCGAGUAUACCUUACGAAGCUUUAUACGGUUGCAAAUGUCGAAUGCCUUUGUACUGGACUGAACUUAGUGAGAAUAAGAUUCACGGGGUCAAUUUGAUUAAAGAGAUUGAACAAAAAGUGAAAGUAAUUCAUGAUAGUCUGAAAGCAGCAUCAGAUCAUCAAAAAUCGUACGCAGACUUGAAACGAAAAGAUAUUGAGUUUCAUAUUGGGGAUCGAGUGUUUUUGAAAGUAUCUCUGUGGAAGAAAAAACUUAGAUUUGGAAGAAAAGGCAAUUUAAGUCUGAGAUUUAUUGGGCCGUAUGAAAUUAUCAAGCGUAUCAGACCGGUUGCUUAUAGAUUAUUGUUGCCACCUGAAUUAGAAAAGAUUCAUAAUGUAUUUCAUGUAUCAAUGCUUCCUCGAUAUCGAUUCGAUCCCUCACAUGUGAUUUUCUCGUCUGAGAUUGAGAUUCAGUCUGAUAUGACAUACGAAGACGAACUGAUCCGAGAUUUAGAUCGCGAGGUUAAAGAACUAAAAAAUAAGAAAAUUUCAUUAGUGAAAGUCUUAUGGCAUCGACACGGGGUUAAAGAAGCUACGUGGGAGCCUGAGGAUGCUAUGAGAGAGCAAUAUCCAAAUCUAUUCACUAGUAAGAUUUUCAGGGACAAAAAUCCAUAA